AGUCCACUAGGUUUCGGCUCGAAAGCGAUUUGACAGUUGGAUAUGUUUCCUCGUCAGUCAGUUUUCGAGCUAGAAAUUUCGGAUUGAUUUCAAAAAAUAGAAAAAUGCUUUUUCUAUGUCAUGACAUCGUUGGAUUUUUCAAUUUAAGUUUAGAUUAGGAGAAACUUAAAAAGUUUCCGAAAAGCAAGUAAAAUGACUUUUUAAAUUAACGUUUUAAAUUUCUCCUAAACGGAACUUAAGUUGAAAAAUCCAACGAUGCCAUGACAUAGAAAAAGCAUUUCUCUAUUUUUUGAAACCAAUCCAAAAUCUAUAGCUCAAAAAAUGACGAUGAUAUCUUGUAAGCACAAAACGCGUAGUAGCAAAAAGAGAUUAACACUAGAAAUUUUCAGACGGUCUUAUGGGUGACUUUGCUGGGCAUUUACCUGAUUGCAAGGAUGGAUCAUACAGUCGAUCCUAUACUUUGGCCCUGCCAGCUCCAAAGCUCGCUUGCUUUACCAGUCUAAAUAUGCCGUUUUGUAGAACUCACCUGCGGCUAUACGAUACACUAUUUCAGUUUUAGUUUUGAGUUUUAGUUUUGAGUGAGCAAAGAUGCCAAAACCGGCUCUUUGGUUAGGAGCCACCAUGAACCUUAUGAAUAUCUUAGAAGCCCAAUACGCAUAUCUCCUCUAAAUAUUAUUUGAUGACACUCAAAACUUCGCCACAGACAUAUUUCUAGAUGCUCUUUCUACUAAUACCUUCAAAAUAUCAAAAUAAUAAAUCCAAGUAUGAUAAGUUUCUAGAGACCCCUUCAAAACUAACGGAUUUCAGAAACAUAAUUUGGCACUUUUGACCACCAGGAAUUGUAGCCCAUUUGAAAUUUUAUCUCUUCUGAAAUUCUCACCCUCCUGUACCUCUCGUGUGAGAAGGUAAACCUUUGUCAAAUCAUGAAAAACCACUAUAGCAUCUAGAUGCCCUCCACUAUUUUGUUUCGUAUUCGAUCAGACAAAACGUUUUCCGCAUGGAUAUUGCAGGAGAGAUACAACUUUAGAUGGGCUGCAAUUCCUAGUGGUCAAAAGUGCGAAAUUAUGUUUCUGAAAUCCGUUAGUUUUUGAGGGGGUCUCUAGAAACCUAUUACACUUGAAUUUAUUAUUUUGAUAUUUUGAAGGUAUUAGUAGAAAGAGCAUCUAGAAAUAUGUCUGUGGCGAAGUUUUGAGUGCAGGCCAGGUGUACUAUGGGCAUGCUAAGCAAACCAGUCUAGGUGCGCAAAUUCAUCCUGUCUAACCAGUUGUAUGUGGUUGAGUAUUAGUAUAUUUCUAGGUACAGGCGGCGGUGGAGAAUCAUAUCACAAUAAACUUGCAUGUUUACAGGCUUUAAGUUCUCAUAAAGUAAUGCGUGUUAUUGAUCCAAAAAUACUGGGAGAAAACGAUAUUGCGGCUGAUGUUGGCUUCGUAGGUGCGCCUACUGUAUUGAUUGAACAAUUACCAAAUGGAAAGGAAUGUGUUAAUGCGGUUAAAGUGAUUGAAAAGUAUUUAAAUACCAAGGUAACUGCUCUUUACAGUGGUGAGAUCGGUGGUUCAAAUGGAUUGUGUGGUCUGUUAGUAGCAUCAGAACUUGGUUUACCCUGCAUCGAUUGUGAUGGAAUGGGUCGAGCGUUCCCGCAAAUGGAUCAUAUUUUAUCGUUUAUAGAAGGUCAGCCAUGCUAUCCAACGUGUUUGUCAGAUGAAAAAGGAAAUUGUGUACUGUAUGACUGUAUAACAAGUAGUGGACAAUUGGAAAAGUUUAUGCGCUCAACUUGUACAAAUAUGGGUUUAACGAGCGGAGCGUGCAUGCCACCAAUGAACGGAAAACAACUACAGAAAUGGACUAUUCACAAUACACUAUCCUUAUGUUGGUUUUUCGGUUGGGCAAAAUUCAAUAAUAAAGCGUCAAUCAUUCAAUCUGUUACUCAAAUUGGUAACGGUUGGUUAAUUUUAAAUGAAGGGAAAGUUGUGAAUGUUGAGCGUCAUACAUCAGGUGGUUUUGCUCGUGGAAAACUAACAAUUCUUUCCCUUUCACGAGAGCAAAACUUGAUUAUUCAAUUUCAAAACGAAAAUUUGGUGGCUUAUUCUGAAGAAAAGCAAGAAAUAGUUGCAAGUGUUCCAGAUCUGAUAACGAUAUUAGAUUGUGAAACGGGUGAAGCAUAUUCAACCGAGAACAUCAAAUAUGGUUGUCGUGUAGCGGUUUUAGUCCUUCCUUCAUCGCCACUGAUGGCAAGUGAGAAAGCAUUGAAACAUGUUGGACCUAAAGCGUUUGGCUAUGAACAUGAAUAUAAACCGAGUGGAAAAUAUCAACAAAUUAAGUCAGUCUGGGAUGUCUACUACAGGCAAUAA